AUGGGACAGACAGGACUGAGCCCAGAGGAGGGAGAUAUGAGGGAGCGAGGAGGUGUGCACCACUCAUCCCACUGCAGUUAUGAGUGUCACAGCACAUCAGAGAAGGGGAACGCUGAGGCUCCAGGAUGGGACGGCCCGAGGCAGUAUGUCCAACACUGCACCUGUCUCCUCUUGUCCGAUCCAGAGUCAUCUCCUCAGCCUCUGAGGACCAACCCCUGA